AUGACUGGCACAACCGAGCCCGUCGCGAUACCCCUGCCUGAAACCAAUGGCGCCCUCCCUGCCCAAGACGCCGCUGGCCAGACGGUAGCUGCCAUUGCCGAAGCCGACAAGAUCUCCGCAGACGAAAUCGCCCUCUACGACCGCCAGAUCCGCCUCUGGGGCGUGCAGGCGCAACAGAAGAUCCGCACCGCCAACAUCCUCCUCGUCUCCAUCAAGGCCCUCGCCAACGAAAUCGCAAAGAACCUCGUCCUCGCCGGCAUUGGCUCCAUCACGCUCGCCGACCACGAGGCCGUCACCGAAGAUGACCUGGGCGCGUCCUUCUUCAUCACCGACGCCGACGUGGGCAAGAACCGCGCCGAAGCUGCAAAGCCCCAGGUCGAGAAGCUCAAUCCCCGCGUCGCCGUCAAGACCAUCACCACCGAUGUCCGCAUGGAGCAAGAUCCCAGCUUCUAUGCCGCAUACGACGUCAUCAUAGCCACCGACAUGGACUUUCUCUCCACCUCCGCCAUCAACGCUGGCGCGCGCAUAGCAAAGAAGCCCUUCUACGCAGGCGCAUCGCACGGCAUGUACGGCUACAUCUUUGCCGACCUCGUCGAGCACAACUUCGUCAUCGAGCGCGAAAAGAGCAACCGCGACACGCACAUUGGUCCCGAGACUACGACGAGAAGCGUCAGGGGCGUGCAGGUCAAGAAGGAGAAUGGAAAGGUCGUGGAGCUAGUCAGCAAGCAGGAGCUCUACAGCCCGCUCAUGCUCGCCAAAGACUCGCCGCUGCCCGUCGACAUUGCCAACAAUGCAAGGAGACUGAAAAAGGUCCACCCACUUCUCACCUGCGUGCGCGCACUGUGGGAGUACCAGCGCAACGGCCACGGCAUCUACCCGUUGCACACGCCCCAGGACCUCCAGCUCUUCACGACCAUUGCCAACGUCAAGCACAAGGAGCUCCUCCUCCCAACCGAAUCUCUCAGAGCAGACGUCCUGAGAAGCUUCCUGCAGAAUCUGGGCAGUGAAAUAGCCCCCGUAACGGCCUUCUUGGGUGGCCAGCUAGCCCAGGAUGUCAUCAAUGUGCUGGGUCAGCGCGAACAGCCAAUUCAGAAUCUGAUGCUGUUUGACGGCGAGGACAGCGCGGGACCCGUGUAUGCGCUCUACCCUAUUUUCCCCGGUACCCCCGUGCCCAUCAUGCCUAGCAUCCCUGUCGAUGCGCCCGUGGUCGUCUAA